CAAAAGUCCAGGCCAAGCAAGACAUUGAGCACUGGUGUUGCAUUCGGAGACGGGGCCUCGGUCCCUUCCAUAUUGGCAGCAAGGCAUCGAGCAGCCCGAAGCGGCCGGCCCCAAACUCGAUCUUCCGUGGGCUCGGGGAAGCGGGAAUCAGGCUAAAGGGGCAGGCCUAGCCACAUGGCCCGGCUGCGGUGCCAUCCUGUUAGGGCACAAUCAAAGCAAUCAAAGUCUUGGCUAGGGCAUUUCGGAGCCGUUAGCCGCAUGUCUGACCACCAAACACCAGCGGAGGAAGAAAAUUGAAAAUCAAUGUCGGAGACUGAGCAGCCAUCUAAACCGAGCGUCCCGAGAGGAGGGGGUGAAGCCUGUCCGCGAAUGCUUAACUGAUUGCCAUCUGCGAUCUUGCUCUGCAUCGCGGAUUUUGUCUUGUUGAGGCGAUACAGCCAUGGUCAUGAACAGCGUCCAUGAACUCCCUCCCAAUUUACCCCUGAUCAACUCCCGUCUUGGUGAUCGGAGGCAAAGGGCGUUUCCUAUCCAGACCAUCGGAAUGGCGUUGACAGGCCGAUGUUUAUACCUGCCUAUCUUGACGGCACGAAGUGGCGAAUGUGGCGUGACACCCAAAGCACCGCUCCCGCCUUGGGGUGUCCAACGGGGCUACGGACGGAGGGACGGUCCUGUGGGAUCGGCUGUGCCCCCCGCGGGUUCGUGCUCGGCGCUUGCGGCGAGGAUGGCCGCCAUGGGCCAGGAGAGGGAGACAAAAGGCCGGCCAUCCUCCACAACAUCAGCAAAUGAGGUGGCCGCUCCGGGUACGAGCAGUGCUGACGGGAGCUGGCGGGAGGGCACGGCUCCACGGGAGGAGCACAGUCGGUACGGGGUACGGGUGUACAGUCAGUCAGAGGCCCAGACUUGCCGUGCCAGCACAGCCCACGUCGUGCUUGCAGACAACCGCCACCAUCAUGCAUGCACUCGGUCAUCCAGGAUUCCUCCUCUGGUCGGUGUGUCGGUUGGCAGACCUCCCAAGUCCCAAUCCGUCCCCUCGGAGGCUGGCUGGGACAGGAGCUGGUCCCCGCUUGGCCCCUGGCUCCCUGCAUGGGCGGGUUUUGUUUCGACCCAUCAAAAACGCAAGACGGAAAAGGAGAAGGCUUUUAGCCCGUUUGGGCCUACCGCCCUGGCCCUCCGCCCCAAGAGAUUCCCCACCGGCUGGGCUCCAGCCAGCCAGCCGCCAGUCGCCAGUUGCCACCAGGCAGGCUCGGCCCACCCAGGAGCCAAGAGCCCCGGUUCGAGCUUCCGGGCGGGGGGGCUGUCCUACGUGCCUUCUGCCUGA